GUGGUUUGAAAUUGACUCCCACCCAAAUCCUCUCGGCCGGCCCUAUGCCGUCCCAAAGCAGCACGCCAGUAGCGCCGCCCGGUUUCCCCAAGAAACCUAUGCACUACCUUCCCGCCGCCGAUCUUCCCCGCGCCCUUGAACGCUGCCGCAGGCUGCUGGACAAGCUGCUGCAACAUGAGGACGGGUGGGUGUUCGCCAAGCCGGUGGAUACACACAGCCUCGACCUCCGCGACUACCUCUCCGUCAUUGCCGAACCCAUGGAUCUCGGCACCGUCAGCCGCCGCCUUGAAUUGCGUCGCUACCCGAACCUGCUCUCCUUUGCCAAGGAUGUCCGGCGUACCUUCAGCAACGCCAUGACCUACAACAACAAGGGAGAUGAUGUGUAUGAGAGUGCUGCUAAGCUCUCUCGCAUCUUCGAGUCAGGGUGGGCCUCCAUUUUGGCGGCGCUCCCGUCGCCGCCGCCGGUCGCUGAGCGCAGGGCAAGGCUCAAGGAUGAGCUGCCGCAGCUGCCGGUGGACUUGCAGGGGAAAGCGGUCGUCAUUAUGAAGGACAUAGGCGGGUGGAUCCAGGAGGUGGAUGGGAGGGUUGAGGUGGAUUUCGACAAGGCCGACGAGGCGACUCUUGACAAGCUCGAGUGGCUGCUCGCUCUCGCCGCCAUGAAGCUGGAGGCAGGAGCGCUGGAUAAUCAAAUUUGAUGCGGCGCUGCAUGAUUUUACCACCAUCAAUUGUUUCUCGGUGCCAGAACGCUGCUGACUUAAACGUGGCUUCCCUCUUUUGCGAAUGAGAAUGAGCAUGAUUUUUAAGAGGAUGUGACAUCGUUAGCCUAGAUAACCCGACUCUGGAUUUGUAUGAAUACCCCAGUGUCAGCGUCAUUGUAAUUUUGCGGUUUGCAUUGAUCUGGGUUAUUCUGUUUGUUGGUAUGAUGGAAUUAGACUUUAGACUUGUGAUGAUACUGAAGAAGUGCAAGGAUGUGUGGAAAUCAUGUUGUUCGAUUGUUCACUAAGUAUUGAUUUCGUGGGUGGAUAUUCUGCCAGCAAUUGCACUGCUCAAAAGAUUGGUGACAAUGUAAUCGAAGUAUCUGGAUUUGGAGAGAAAAUUUAACCUGGGCCGUAACUUCA